AUGUCUUCAGAAUGGCGCAGACUAAAUCUACAGCAAGAAGACUCGCCCCCGCUUCUCUGCCAGUACACCUGGACCCGCCAAAGCUAUGAGCUCUACGUCACGGACCUCACCUCCGUCUGGUCUGAACGGCUGUCUCGCAAGGAGGUUUUAAAACGAGCGGAUGAAAGCGACACUACUAUUGAUCCUAGUGAGGGUCAAGAGCAGCUCGACCUUCUUCUCACAAAGAUCGGCGAAGCUCUCCGUGGCGAUGGAGGUACGGCAACACUAAACAGUGGCUCUUCGCCCGACUCUCUUGAGAUCAGAACCAGCACCAAACUGCCUGCGCCUUUAAGACCGCUAAAGUGGACUUUACAGCUGUCAAUGGAGGGUGCUUCAUUGAUGACCAGCCGCCUGGUUCUGCCACUACUGAAAGACGAGGCAUCGUGGGAGUCACGUCAGCGAUCCUUGUUGGAUCAGCUCAAACAAAAGGACUGGGUACUUGGGAAGCUGUUCGAUAGAUUUGAGGCUCUGGGAGUCGAUCUAGGAACUGUCUUCCCCGGUGCUGCUGGACUGCGCACGGCCCGCAAAGGCAGUUCGAGGUCAGGAGCAGCCAAGUUUAUCAAAGGUGCUGCGCCGUUUGAUGAGCAGAGCUGGCUCGCCGAAUCUAAAGAAACUGCCUCGAUCACAGCUUCCAACCUCGUGCAUGAAAUUACGAGCUCUGGUGGUAACCGUGGCCUCGAGGGCCUUGGCCCACCGCGCGAUAAGUGGUGGAGCAGUCUUCCGAGGCAUUCAGAGCCGAGUCCCAUCGAAGAAGAGAAGGAAGAGGAAUAUUCAAAAGAUUCUGCCUCUCAGAGCAGGGACAAGGCAGUUUACUCCCAGGGAGAUGUGGAUCUGGACGGCGAGACGGCCUCAGAAAGCGAUAUCGACGAGUUCGAGCGACAAGAAAUCGCCCCCCGACAAAGCGAGCAAGACAGCCUAUCAACAGUCAUUCCGCCCAAACCAAAAGCCAACAAAAAGAGCCCAUCACCACAGCCUCCAGCUGCAGAUGCGCACGAGGCCACGGCAACAGAAUCCGAAGCUGAGUCGGAACCUGCAUCCCCACCUCGACGAAGGACUUCACCUCGAGCUCCACCUUCACCUGAGACCGGUGCACCGGAAUCACGGCCCAAAAAACCCACAAAGAAGCCCAAAGGUGGACUAGGUGUGAUCGGAGGCAAGAUGAAAAAAGCAGAAUCGGGAACAGAGCGGGCACCUACUCCAUCAGAACCAAGCCUACAACCCAAGGAGGCUCCCAUACAAACUGAAGACCAUCCCCCGUCCCAAGCAACAUCGCCGCGCAAAGCUAGAAAGCCGGCCAAGCUUGGUAUGAUAGGAGGAAAGGCGAAAGCAAAAGCAGCAGCUCCUACAGAGACGUCUUCCACCCAACAGCGACCUACUACCCCUUUGCCUGAGCGAAAGCCUCGACCACAGUCUCCAGAAGCCAUCCCAGAGUCUAAGAAACCAACCGCAGACCAGGCGUCGGUAAAACCCGAGCCUCCGGGAUCGUCACUGCCAGCGAAAACAUCCAGUUCGGCUCCAGCUCCAAAAGAGGAGGAGACUGAGGCGCAAAAAGCUGAUCGUAGACGCGAAGAGCUAAAGCGACAUCUAGAAGCGAAGAGUAAGGAGCCUACAAAGAAGAAGCGGAGAUUUUGA